AUGAUCAAGCCCAGAACCACCAUCACCACCACAAUCACCAUAGCUUACCUAUUGAUCACAGUGAUGGCAGCAUCGCCACCGGCUGGAGAACCAUCGCCUUCCUCAGCCCCGGCGCCUUCCCCAGAGACGGAUUGCAUGUCAGUACUUAUCAACAUGGCUGACUGUCUAAGCUAUGUAGAGGCUGACAGUAACUUGACAAAGCCUGAUCCACUAUGUUGCCAUGAAGUAUCAGAUUUGAUCAGCACACAGCCGGUUUGCCUGUGCAAAUUCUUGGCUAAUUCAAGCCAGUUUGGUUUGUCUGAUAUUGAUACAAAUAAAGCACUCAAACUAUCCACUCUCUGCAAUAUAUCCGCCUCUGCUCAGCUGUGUUCAGUUAUUGGUGUUCCAGUACCAGGCCUAGCACCAAGCCCUUCACCAGCUAUAUCGCCAAGUUCAUCUACCGGAAAUGAGACCAAUGGAAGCCCUACAAGCAAUCUGCCAUCGUCAUCUAAGCUUAUUGGAUUAUCAAUUGUUAUGUUCACAUCUUUGUUGUGUUAACUAUACGAUGUAUUCAUUUCUUUCAAUUUUCAUUUAAGUGAGGUGUGUAUCUUCUUGCAUCUCCUACACUUUGACAAUAAUAACAGUCUGAUGUAUGGAUUCCAUUAAAGAUCUUUAGAAAUUCAUUUGUUUGUGAAAUUGGGGUCUUAAAUUGUGUUAAGAGAUUGAAGCCACUAUUUCCAAAAGAAUAGGACUAACCCAUAGAGACCCUAAACUACAACACUUUGCAUGCCUUGUGCAGGCAUGUGAUUUCUGUGGGACAGUCUAUACACAUAUAU